CAAAUUCAAAGUUUUUCCAACUUUUAGUAUAGUCAGGACAUCAAAAAAUGUACCACCCAACAUCAGGACUUCACUACAGAUAAAACUUAUGAAAAAAGAGAUAUGUUCACAUUAUAGUAAACUUAAUUACAUCAAUUGUAAGCUUAAGGCACUGAAGAUGUUCUGUUUAGAACGAAAACGUUCUGCAAUCGAUGACAUUUUAUAGUUUUUAAAUAAACGAUUUUAUACCAGAAUACAUCUCGAAGUUUUUACUUCUGUAUUGGUUUUUUAAACUAUGGUAUACAGCCAACUAUUGGGAUUUUCCCAUUGAUUUUUUAUUAAUGACAGUAUGGUCAAUUUGGCUCUUCAGUAUUUGCGACUAGCAACACGACGAAACAACUUGAAACUCGAUAUAUGGUUUAUUCAACAGUGUCUCAAAUUCAAAGUUUUUCCAACUUUUAGUAUAGUCAGGACAUCAAAAAAUGUACCACCCAACAUCAGGACUUCACUACAGAUAAAACUUAUGAAAAAAGAGAUAUGUUCACAUUAUAGUAAACUUAAUUACAUCAAUUGUAAGCUUAAGGCACUGAAGAUGUUCUGUUUAGAACGAAAACGUUCUGCAAUCGAUGACAUUUUAUAGUUUUUAAAUAAACGAUUUUAUACCAGAAUACAUCUCGAAGUUUUUACUUCUGUAUUGGUUUUUUAAACUAUGGUAUACAGCCAACUAUUGGGAUUUUCCCAUUGAUUUUUUAUUAAUGACAGUAUGGUCAAUUUGGCUCUUCAGUAUUUGCGACUAGCAACACGACGAAACAACUUGAAACUCGAUAUAUGGUUUAUUCAACAGUGUCUCAAAUUCAAAGUUUUUCCAACUUUUAGUAUAGUCAGGACAUCAAAAAAUGUACCACCCAACAUCAGGACUUCACUACAGAUAAAACUUAUGAAAAAAGAGAUAUGUUCACAUUAUAGUAAACUUAAUUACAUCAAUUGUAAGCUUAAGGUAAUGUAUGAUUCUUUGCUCGAUAUUAUAGGAUUCAUUAACUUCAAUAAUUUUUUGACAGAUGUGCAUGACAAGGUAGAUGCUUCUAACACAAUUAAAUUCAAUAGAGUACAUAACAAGCUUAUUAAUCUCAUUAGAGACAAAACUGUAUAUGAUCAAGCCUCUCAGGAUAGAAAUAACAAUAAAAAGUUUUCAGAUUUUCAAUUCCACCCUAGAAUAAAGAACCUUACCGAUAUCAGCUUUUCAACAGAUGAAAUUAAAUUAUUAAACUAUGGUCUCAAAUACUCCGUCCCUAAAGAUUUAUCUUUACACGAUCUUGAGAGUCUAUCUAUUGAGACAGAUGUAGUAAUCCAAAACCUUUCAUUAUCUCUUUCGCAAAGAACGUCAACUAGAAAUUCCUGUUACCGUUACAUAAAUAAAUAUAAAAAUAAGAUUUCUUCAUCUUCAAAUUCUUCUUCUUCUCAGAACUCUUCUUUUAUUGAUAAUCUAUCAUUUAAACAAGCUCAAUCUCAUCUCAAAACUCUUAAAUCAAUUAAACAUAAAAUUGCUAAUCACAACCUAAUUUUUUCUAAAGCUGAUAAAGGUAAUUGUUUGGUUAUUCUAGACCGUGAUACUUACAACAAUAAAGUUUCAUCUUUUCUAGAUGACAACCACUUCAUUAUUUUACCAACUGAUCCUUCCAAGAGAUUCAUAAGUAAAUUGAAAGAUAACAUCAAAAAACACUCUGAAUUUUUAUCCAAUUAUGAGGCCCCUUACAACAAACUGCCUGGCAACCCUCUUAUUCCGAGGUUGUACGGUUUACCCAAGAUACAUAAAGUUGGAAUUCCUAUACGUCCUGUCGUCAGUUUCAUUAACACUCCAGUUUCUAUUUUAUCAAAAUUCAUACUCAACACCUUAAAAAAUUUAAUCAACUUCACACCCCGUUUUACUGUAUCAAAUUCAUACCAAUUAGUUGAUAAACUUCAACUCAUCAAUCUCAAUCCAGACAUAACUAUGCUUUCUUUUGAUGUAAGCAACCUAUUUACUUCAGUGCCCAAAAUCGAAACUUUAAGUCUGGUAAAAUCACUCUUAGUCAACAAGUCUUUUCAGCCCAAUGUCAUUUCACCGAUACUAGAUAUCCUUGAAUUAUGUCUAUCUCAAGAUUUCUUUCAAUUCAACAACAAAUUCUAUAAACAACCAGAUGGUUUAGCAAUGGGCAGUUGCUUAUCCCCAUUCCUAGCUGAUGUCUUUAUGGAUCAUUUAGAGUCCAAUCACAUUAUGAAAAAUCCAGAAAUUUUACAUUGGUUUCGUUACGUAGAUGACUGUUUGGUCUUCAUCGCUGGACAUCAUGACUCAGCUCAACAACUACUUCUUAAAAUUAACUCAAUUCACCCUAAUAUCAAAUUUACCAUGGAACUAGAAUCUUCUCAGGCCAUUAAUUUCCUUGAUUUAUCUAUUACCAGACUUAACAACCAAUUCAACUUUGGUAUCUUUCGUAAACCCACCCAAACUGACCAUGUAAUUCAUUUUUCUUCUAAUCAUCCUCUAUCACACAAACUAGCAGCUUUCAGAAGCUUCAUACACAGACUUUUCUCUAUACCUAUGUCAACAGAUUCUUUCAACAAAGAACUCAACAUUAUAAAACAAAUAGCUGUCAACAAUGGUUACGAUCCCUCUAUAAUAGAUAAACUCAUCCGUAAAAGAGAAUCUAAAUUGCUUCAAAAUUCUGCUUUCCAUCAGUCAUCUUCCUCUUCUGCUAUUUACAGGUCACUACCAUAUCAUAACCCACAUCUAUCUGAAAAGAUUAAACGUAUUGUAUCUAACUCUUCUGAGAAUAUACAUAUUUCUUUCAAAGUUGGAAAUACCCUUGGCCACUUUUUGACAAAUACUAAGGAUACAAUACACUAUAUGAAUCGUAGUGGUGUUUAUAGACUGACUUGUUCUGAUUGUGAUGCCUCUUACAUCGGCAGGACUUACAGAUCACUCUCAACCAGAUCUGCUGAACAUUCUAAAAGAGACACUACAUCAGCCUUUUCCCAUCAUUUGAAAGUUAAUAAUCAUCAUCUCGACAUCCCUGAUGGUGUUAAAUUAAUUCAUAACAUCCAAGACAGAAACAAUCUACGCCUGGAUUUGUACGAGGACCUUGAGAUUUCCAGAGACAUGAGGACCAGCCCCAAUUGCGUUAAUCGUCAAACAACUUUAAAUCGUCCUUUCACUCCUAUCCAUCGACAACUAUUCCCUUAAUCCAACCCUAGUUUUCUCUCAUUUUUCCUCUCACCCCCCUAACCCUAUACUCCUAUUCUCCAUUUCCCCCUCCCCCUCUUUUUCCACUACCCCACUAGUUUAUAACAGUCUUCUCUUUCCAUACUAAUCACCCAUUAACACAUAUCUCAACUUGCAUUUCUUUUCAACUUCAUUGCUGCCUCCCCCACUAUCCCAUCCCUCACACAGUUUUGAUUCUUCUAUUUUCCUAUCCUUCAUAUUUUUCUCCACUCCUAGUCAUUUCUGGUUUGACCUUGUGUCUCUGUCUCUUUUUCAGGUCCUCUAUAUCUCAUCUCACCAUUUCUUUCAUAAUUUAUUUAAAUGCCUCUUAUUAUUAUUAAUCCUUAAAUCGGUCUGGUUUAUUGUCUCUUUGGAAUGUUCUUCACACUCACUUAUCCUGUUGCCUGUUAUGUUACUUACUCAUUUUCUCUCAUCUCCGCUUACAAUAAUAAAAAACACCAUACAUCCAAUCACUCUGGUCUGUCAUAUAUAUCACUUUCCUUACUUAGUAACAUUCUGUCACUGCUUUCUUUUUAGAUUCUUAGACUUUACUUAACAAUAGGAUACUGCACACCUAUAUCCAUUACGACCCAUUCAGUCAAACUUCUUUCAUAAGUUUUAUUGCAUUCACUAUUCUUCUUUUUUCAUCUAUCUUUUCAUUUCCAUUCAUAUCAGGCAACUUCCAAUAUCCAUUUAUCCCAAUUUAAAAUAAAAAAAUUUUUUCACAUUUUGCAUUUGUUUGAUUUCAGUUACAAUCACAUACGUUCAUAAAGUUUGUGCACUUAAAUAUAUAUCAUUUAGUUCAGUCUAUUUACUCCACUAUCACCAAUAGAAAUCAAUCUCAUACUUUUCUAUUUCAUAUACUCAUUCAAUUUAGAUUCUUCUUUGCAUACUGACACCAACCCACAAUUUGACCUAUAUUGGUAGCUCUCAUUCUAAUUAUUUUAUUCACUAUUCCACGUUGGUAGACUAUCAAGAUACAUUACUUCCAAUUCAUUCAGUCCUUUCAAAACUACAUAAAGAUGAAUUGGACUUUAUGUCACAUAGUUUAAUUUUAUUAUUUUAUUACAUACUCUCAUUCAUUUCACAAUACUAUAUACAAUCAUAUCCUUCACACAUAUAUCUACCUCACUAACAGUAAUCUUUAGUUAUUUAAUUUUGUUAACAACUAUUUUCCAACUUUUAACAGACAUAAUUAUUCAUUACAAUAGUAUAAUAAUAAAUUUAACACAACAUAUAGCCACCUUUUGUAUAUAUACUGUUUUCUCGCAAUAUUCUACCAUUUACCUUCAACCUGUUGUCUGCUUGCCUUGUUAGGCAACCAACAUUUCAUCACAUAAAAACACUCUUAAAUUCUGGUUUUCUCGGCUUGUUUAGCUUUGUUUUUCCAUGCAAGUCUAAUUAUCUUACUAUGUAGUGUAUUUCCUUGUUUCCACAAACUUAACUUUCAACUCGUCAUUUCACAUCCGAUGACGUCACAACUUAAACCACGUAAUAUAUCUGCAUUAAAUUUAAUGAAUCUAUAAGUUAUUCUGGAAUAGAGAGUUGCUAAUUUAAACUUUACAGUAGAUUUUAUUAUUCAAAUAAUUUAAAUUAUUUUUGCAGACAAACCUCCGCAUUUUAUUAAAAAAUCCAAAAUCAAAUGAAACUUUAACCAAAAAUUGGCUUUAUCUUGUCAUGUCAUGUCACCCUUGUCAAAUUGUAAAUCCACUUCAUAAUUUCUCAGUUGGUCUGUGCCCAUUGAAUUGGCAAGUACCUAGUAUCUUCGAGCAGGGAACCAUGGCAC